AUGGCAGGCAAUACAGCCAAUGAUGCCAAUCAUCCCUCAGAACGUACAGAACGCAUUACAACACCUUAUUUAACAAAAUAUGAACGAGCCAGAAUUUUAGGCACACGCGCCUUGCAGAUCAGUUUAAAUGCACCCGUGAUGGUAGAUAUUGAUGGUGAAUCAGACGCACUUGCUAUUGCCAACAAAGAAUUAAGAGAGAAAAAGAUUCCUUUGAUUGUACGUCGAUUUAUGCCAGAUGGCACUUAUGAAGAUUGGAAAGUGAAAGACUUGAUUGUAGACUAA